AUGGUAGCAGAAGUUCAAAAACAAGCCCCACCAUUUAAGAAAACCGCCGUAGUCGACGGUAUCUUCGAGGAAAUUUCACUGGAAAAGUAUAAAGGUAAGUACGUUGUUCUAGCUUUUGUCCCAUUGGCUUUUUCAUUUGUCUGUCCAACUGAGAUUGUUGCGUUUUCCGAUGCCGCCAAGAAAUUCGAAGAUCAGGGCGCCCAAGUUUUAUUUGCCUCCACCGACUCUGAAUAUUCCUUACUGGCAUGGACCAACCUUCCCAGAAAAGACGGUGGAUUAGGUCCAGUUAAAGUUCCUUUGCUUGCUGAUAAGAAUCAUUCCUUAUCCAGAGACUAUGGCGUUUUGAUUGAAAAAGAAGGUAUAGCUUUAAGAGGUUUGUUCAUAAUCGACCCGAAGGGAAUCAUUAGACAUAUCACUAUCAAUGAUUUAUCUGUUGGCAGAAACGUCAAUGAAGCUUUGAGAUUAGUCGAAGGUUUCCAGUGGACUGACAAAAAUGGUACAGUUUUGCCAUGCAACUGGACCCCAGGAGCCGCCACCAUCAAACCUGACGUUAAAGAUUCCAAGGAGUAUUUCAAAAAUGCCAAUAAUUAA